AAACGGAGCCAAGAUGGAGGUGUUUGUUGUUGCUCCGAGCUUCAGGUGCUCAAGCUUCGAGUUUCCACCUGGUUCUGUUGUCAGAGACGUUCUGGAACGGUUAGUCCCGCGCCAGGACUGGUACGUCACCACUAACGGCCGCCUGUCCGGGCCGGAGGAGCGGCUGCAGGAUGGGGCCGUCUACCGCCUGGAUCCCCGGCUCCGCGGAGGGAAGGGAGGUUUUGGGUCCAUGUUUCAUUGGUUUUCCAGGUUUUGUUGGUUUUCCAGGUUUUGUUGGUUUUCCAGGUUUUGGGUCCAUGCUCCGGGCUUUGGGCGCGCAGAUCGAGAAGACAACCAACAGAGAGGCCUGCAGAGAUCUGAGCGGCCGGCGCCUUCGGGACGUGAACCAUGAGAAGGAGAUGGCCGACUGGCUGAAGAAGCAGUCGGAGCGCGAGGCAGAGAAGGAGCAGCGGCGGCUGGAGCGUCUGCAGAGGAAGCUGUCGGAGCCGCGGCAUCAGUUCGCCGACCCGCAGUACCAGCAGCAGUGCCACGACCUGAGCGAGCGUCUGGAGGACUCGGUUCUGAAAGGUCUACAGGCGACCGCCAGCAGUCAGGUGAAGGUCGGAGCCGACCCGGAUCAGAACCAAGCCCCUUCGAGGAAGAGGAGGAAGACUGCGGCGGCGGCCGGGUUCUGGACGGGGCUGGACGAGCUGCUGAGCUCUGAGGAUGAAGAUGAUGAUGAGGAUGAAGAUGAUGAUGAUGAAGAUGAUGAUGAAGAUGAUGAUGAAGAUGAUUCUCCAUACAGCAGAGGAGCCGUUACCAUGACGACCCCGAGGGAGGAGGCGGAGCCUGGACCCAGCAGCAGCACCGCUCCAACCACCAGAACCACCAGAACCUCAGAGGUCCAGGACCCUGGGCUCCCGACGGAACCGGCCCAGGUCCAGGACCCCGAGCUCCAGACGGAACCGGCUGUUGGACUGUCAGGGGACCAGAACCCUCCUCAUGGCUGCAGGGAACCGGGUCAGCAGUUGGACCUGUCCUCGGUGCCGUCCGUCCAGCAGCUGGAGUCUCUGGGUCUGGAGGUUCUGAAGGAGGAACUGAUGCGCCGCGGCCUGAAGUGCGGGGGAACGCGGUCGGAGCGCGCCGCCCGCCUCUUCUCCGUCAGAGGCCUGAGUCCAGACCGGAUCGACCCGGCACUGCUUGCCAGAACCAGGAAGAAGUAGACCCAGCGGGGAGGUUUCUCUGGAAGGCGGGACUUCCUGUCCGGAAUGAAGCGUCCGGGUCUGGAUGUUGGAAUCGUUUAUUUGAACAUGUGAAUCGAUGAUCAGAUUUGUUUUUAUGAAAUAUUAAUAAAAUGCUUCAGAACCGAA